AUGGCAACGGCUAUAUUGGAGACUCUCAAACGGCAACGCUCGAAUAUUAAGCGCAACAUUACGCGCAUAAGAGGAAUGGUCGAUGCCAAGGAAGAAGAAGAGCAGAAAUCGCCGGCUGAACUUAAGUGCCGUUUGGGAAUCUUAGAGUCAUAUUUUAAGCAAGCCCUUUCGGUACAAUCAGAAAUUGAGACCAUGGAAUCCACAGAUAGUGGACGUGCAGACCUGGAGGACAGUUACAUAACUACAAAGUUGGCAAUUCAGCAACUUCUUGGAGAGGAUCUGCACAACAUAGUUUUCGACCACAUCUCUGCACCAAGCUACAGUGCGCCGUCUCGACUGCCAAGAUUGGCACUACCUAGCUUCGAUGGAAAUCAUAAGGAUUACAAGAACUUCAUCUCGUCGUUUCUGCAACUGGGACCUGCACUGGAAGCUGUCGCAGCCUUCCCGGUCACUGGAGAAAAUUAUGCGAAGGCGCUGGAACGGCUGAAGGACCGGUAUGACAAGCCUGCCCUAAUCUUUGUCGAAACGAUAGCCUCGAUUUUUAUACUGCCGCCGGCUGCUGCGGCAAGUGCUCAACAGCUCCGCAACCUAAUCGACAACGCAUCCGCGUUAUACAGUGCCCUUUCAUCACUAGGCUCGGACGCUCAAAUUUCUGAGGCGAUGCUCAUUUACGUGGUCAUGGAGAAGUGCGAUCAGCAGACCAAAACAAAAUGGAACGAAUCACUGGAUUAUCUCACUCUGCCAUCCUGGAGCCAAUGCACGCAGAUACUUGAGCGCCACUGCCAGUUUCUUCUGUCUGACGAGCAAUCCCAUGGAUCGGAGCGGCCAAGACCGACUCGUCCCCCCGCAAGAUCUCACAAUUCGUCGUUUUCGCUGACCAACGCACCAUGUGUAUACUGCCUCGCACCCUCACACAAAUUGCUCGGAUGUGACAAGUUUAAGGACCUUAAUCCAACCGCGCGAUUUGAUGUCGUUAAAACACACCGUCUGUGUUUAAACUGUCUGUGUAGAGGUCACCAACUGUCGAGCUGCCCAUCGAGAAAUCGCUGUCGCACCUGCAACAAGGCACAUCAUACCCUGUUGCACAACAACCAUUCGCUAGAUUCGUCUCGCUCGCACCAACCGUAUCCGACUGCACCGCCAUUGGAAGCUGCAACACACUCGCACUCGCAUUCUGGCCAGAAGUCUCAGGUGAUGCUUGCCACUGCUAUGGUUCUCGUCAAGGAUGCGCUUGGAACCUACUGGCCUGGAAGAGCUCUUCUCGCCUCCUGCUCUCAAGUGAACUUCGUGACGGAAGACUUCGCACAACGGCUUCGCUUACGGAGGGAAAGACAUGCAGUCCAAAUUCGAAGCAUCGGCCAUUCGCAAACAGAUAUUAAAUAUUGCACAACUGCAUCUGUCAAAUCUCGCAUUUCAUCUUUCGUACUCUCCGCAGAUCUCUGUAUUAUUCCACAAAUCUCAUACCAGCCCGAUCCGGCCAUCGACGUUUCGACUUGGAAGCUGCCAGAAAAUACGCCGCUCGCUGAUGAAAGAUUCUACCAAUCACGCCACGUCAAUCUGCUACUGGGAACCGAAGCCUUCUUCGACGCCUUAACUGUAGGGCAAAUAAGGCUGGUACCUCAAGGCCCGCUGCUGCAGAAAACUCAGUUUGGCUGGGUCGUAACCGGCCGACUGCAGCAAACCGCGCCAAUAGAAGUUUCCACUUGCAUGGCUUUAAACGCAAGUUCCAUUGAUGUCAACCUCAAACGUCUGUGGGAACUGGAAGCAGUCGACUCGCCACCUCUGCAGAAGCCGGAGCAUGCUAUUUGCGAGGAACAGUACGAGAAGACCACUUGUCUCGACAGCACUGGUAGGAUUGUCGUCAAACUGCCAUUCAAGGCUGACCCAACUCGGUUGGGAGACUCAUUUGAUAUCGCUCGCCGUCGGUUCCUAAGCAUGGAACGUCGCCUAUCGAAAUCUCCAGCACUUCGUCAACAAUACUGCGACUUCAUGGAGGAGUAUGAGAAAUUGGGGCACAUGUCCCCAGUUAUUCAUCCUAAACUGCAUGAGCCGCACUACUACAUCCCGAAUCACUGCGUCCUCAAACCCAGCAGUGAGUCUACUAAGCUUAGGGUGGUGUUUGACGCCUCUUGCCGGACGUCAAAUCAAUUAUCACUCAACGACUUGCUGUGCGUUGGCCCAACACUCCAGGAGGACUUGUACCUGCAGCUUCUAAAGUUCAGGCUUCAUCGUUACGCCAUCACAGCAGAUGUGACCAAGAUGUAUAGGCAAGUAAAUCUCGACAUUAUUGAUCGCAAAUACCAGUACAUUCUUUGGAGAGCAUUUUCAGAAGACACGCUGCGCACGUAUCAAUUGAAUACGGUAACCUACGGCACUGCAGACGCCCCAUUUUUGGCAACACGUAGCCUCAACCACCUCGCUGAUGUUCAUCAAGCUGACUGUCCAAUCGGCGUCGCUAUCAUAAAGUCGUCUUUCUAUGUUGAUGACCUACUCACGGGUGCAGACGACUUAGAGACGCUUCGCAUUAUCAAGGAUCAAGUCACAGAAAUUCUUCGUCGAGGGCAUUUCCCACUCACCAAAUGGCAUUCCAACUACGUUGGAUUCAUGGAAGAUCAUGCAUCCAAGAAGCUCAGUUCCUGUGGCGAGGGACUAGCCAGCGCUCUUGGAGUGAACUGGAACCAGCACAAGGAUACACUGUUCUUCAAGUUCAUACCAAGGAACCACGCAACGCGUAUCACCAAAAGAAGUAUUUUGUCCACCGCAUCCGCCUUGUUCGACCCGCUUGGUUUGCUCUCACCGCUUGUUGUUGUCGCAAAAAUACUUCUGCAAGAACUUUGGCUCGCUGGCCUGCAAUGGGACGAGAGCGUUCCAGAAAACAUACACACGGCCUGGAGCAAAUGCCUAGAAUCAUUCCAAACAGUCUCAAUUUUAUCGAUUCCCCGCUAUUGCCUCCAACACAAGAUGCGAUCACUUCAACUUCAUGGAUUUUGUGACGCAUCAAUCAGGGCCUACGGCUGCUGCGUGUAUCUACGCUCGGAAACGUCGACGGGAGACGUCGCAGUGCAGCUAUUGACUGGCAAAUCGAGAGUGGCUCCUGUGAAGAAAAAAUCCCUUCCAAAACUGGAAUUGUGUGGAGCGCAUUUGCUGGGCCAACUGCAUGCGAAAUUGAAGCCUCUAUUAGCGGACAGAAAAGUCUCGGUCUAUUUCUGGACGGACUCGCAGAUUGUGUUUCACUGGCUAAAACAGCACUCAGUCACACUGUCAGCAUUCGUUGGAAACCGAAUCUCCGAAAUUCAAGAAUGGACCGCAGAUGGCCAGUGGAAAUUUGUACCAGGUGAGAGCAAUCCGGCGGACACAGUUUCGCGCGGAGCUGCUACAACUGAGAUGGCAGCAUCGAUGUGGUUCACAGGUCCACAGUUCUUGACCCAACCAUCGUCCCAGUGGCCAAUUACUCCGCAAAUCAUCGAUAUCGAUCCAACUAUUGUCAAAGCAGAGCAACGAAGGAGCACAUUCACCACGGCUGUGAUCAGCAAUCAUGUUCUCCAGCAGCUGACUCACAUCAGCUCAUACAAUCGCUGCAUUCGAACCAUCGCAUACGUCUUUCGCUUCGCCAACUUAUCAAGAGGAGUCAAAAUUGUCAAUCCAUCGCUUACAUCGGAAGAACUUCGCCGCGCAUUGUUCAGCAUCGUCUACAAUAUUCAGCAACACUCAUCAGGACAUGCUCUUAUCAGGGUUGGAGGACGAUUACAGAACGCCGACAUCCCUGAAUCUGAAAGGCAUCCGCUGCUACUGCCUAGCAAAUCGCACUUUGCGUGGAUUUAUGUACGACACUUGCAUCUGAGGAAUUGUCACGCAGGCCCGAAAGCUCUAGUCGCGCUAAUCCGUCUGGAAUACUGGAUCAUCAACGCCAGGGACCUGGCUCGUCGAGUGGUGCGUUCCUGUAUCGCCUGCGUUCGGUUCAGACCCAAACUGGAGAACCAACUCAUGGGAUCGCUACCACUAGAACGAGUGCUACCGCAACAGCCGUUCCAAAGGUGUGGCGUCGACUUCUGCGGACCGUUUAACAUAUAUCUUCGCAUUAGAGGAAAGGUUCCAACAAAGUCCUACCUCGCUGUCUUCAUUUGUUUGGCAUCCAAGGCCGUCCAUAUAGAAGUCGUCUCGGAUUUGUCAACCAAGGCAUUUCUUGCAGCACUUAAACGGAUGAUCGCCAGACGGUCAAUUCCAACCGACAUCUUCUGCGACAACGGAACCAAUUUCGUCGGAGCUGCCAACCAUCUUCAAGAACUACGAGCGUUCCUUCAAGACAAAGCCACGCAAGAAGUCAUUUCGUCUUAUUUGUCAACUGAUUUCAUAACUUUCCAUUUCAUCCCUCCUAGAGCUGCUCACUUUGGAGGCCUUUGGGAGGCGGCGGUAAAGAGCGCCAAGAGUCUACUCUACAGAACACUGAUGAAUUCAAGAUUCACCUUCGAGGAGCUCUGCACCAUAACCACUGAAGUCGAAGCGAUUCUCAACUCGCGCCCAUUGUCUCCGCUGUCUCCAGAUCCCAACGACUUUGGGGCACUUACUCCGGGCCACUUCCUGGUGGGGAAAUCUCUUCGUGCCCCUCCAGAACGGACUGUGUCAUCAACACAUGCGUCCAGCCUGGAACGAUUCGACGCCGUGACCGCGAGCAAACAACAGUUUUGGCGAAGGUGGUCGCUUGAGUACCUACAUGAACUACGCUCGCGCACCAAAUGGACAACACCAUCGGCCAACAUCAGGGCUAACACCAUGGUCAUCAUCCACGACGACAAUCUGCCUCCUCAGCGAUGGAAGAUCGGGCGCGUGGAGACCGUUGUUCCCGGAAAGGAUGGGCUAGUUCGAGUGGCCCACAUUCGAACCAGCACUGGGGUGUGCUGCCGACUAGUGCAUAAGCUGGCAGUAUUACCCACGGAUUCUCAAUCUUGUUGA